AUGGCGGAGGCGGCGUCCAUCCGGCCGGCGGCGGUGGACAUGCCGCUCGUGGCGGAGGAUGAGCCCCACCUGGAGAUACCGAAGAAUACUUUGCUGCGACGCGUCUACGCGCGUACCGGCAAGGUUGGAGACUUCGCGAUCAAACCGCACGUCAUGCACUUCGGCGGCUUCGAGGUUGGCAAGGUGUACACCCAGCGGUUCACGGUCACGAACGCCGGGCGCAAGUCGCAGAGGCUGCAGAUCCUCGAGCCCAGCUCGGAGUACUUCGCGGUGCGUUGGGAAGGGAAAGGGUCGCUCGCGCCCGGCAUGUCCGAUACCGUCCGCGUCGAUUUCUGCGCCGACGACCUGCGUUACUACUACGACUGCGUGCGCAUACGCGCGGGUCGGGACGAGAACGCCAUCCUCCCGAUGCACGCGUAUCCGACUCCCAACGAGACCAAGUUUCCCAAACACAUCGACUUCGGGCUCUGCGCGCUGGGCAGCACGUCGCAAAAGACGGUGCGACUGUCCUGCAAGGUUCCCAUAGCGUUCGAGUUUGAGCUCCGGUUGAGCACCGAGAGCGCCGCGUUCGAGGUGUACCCGAGGAGUGGGGAGAUUCCCGCCAACGGCGAGGUUGAGAUUUGCGUCUCGUACACGCCGCGAAGGCUUCACACGAACACGAUGACGAUCCAGGUUUUCACCGGGGAAUUCGGCGGAAACACCAGGCCGAGCGUGUGCCAGGUGCGGGGCACGGGGUUCCCGUCGGUGGCGAGGGACAAGGGCGUGAGGGCGCUCGCGGGCGUGACGGACGACGGGCCGGUGGACGCCGGCCGUCUCGCGGAUGGCACGGCGCAUCCAUCCGUCAUCCGGGGCGUCGAGGGUUUAGGGCCGUCGUCGAUGGGCGGCGCGGGUUUGGAUAGGUUCUACGCGAGUGGAAGGCUCGGUCCCGGCGGCGGCGCGGGCGGCGGCGACGCGUACACCGAGUACGUGAAACGCGUGGCGUCCAAGCAGCAUCGGCAACCGCCGAGGGGCGAGAAGACGGGAGCCGGCCCGAGGCACAGGAAACUCUCCAAGACGCUCGAUUCCGGCCGGAGCUCCACGCUUCGCGUCCGGGACGACCCGCUCGACGUGUCCAUCGAGGACGAGGGAGACGAGGACGACGGCGAGGAGGACGUGGACGGGGUGUUUGUGCCCAGGCGAAUCUCCGGCCACGGCGACGUGCAGUACGUCCUCGGGCAGCGAAAAGGGAAGCUCCGGGCGAAGGAGCUGCGCGAAGCCGUCGCGAUUCGGGAGUCGCAGAGCAAGACGGUUCGUGCGUCGCUCGCGGGACUGGCGCUGGCCGCCGUCGAGCCCUCGAGCUCGGGGGAGGUGCGGGAGGAGGGUUCGAGCUCGGGGGUGUUUAAUUUCAAGCACGCCGUCCGCGACGUGCAGCGAGCGCAGACCAGCACGAAGGGCGCCCCCAACGCGGUGUUCAGGGCGUUGGACGACCCGAACCUCGAUCCCAGGGUCAAGGAGCUCAUAUUCGAGAAGGAGUUCGAGCGAGUCAGGCAGUACGAGCGGGUGAAGGAUGUCACCGGAUGCGUCGCGAUCGGCGGCGACGUCUUGGACCCGGGCGACGAGGCUGUCGUCCGGUUGCGACGCGAGGGGCGCGCUGCGGCGCUGAACUACUACGAAAUAUCCGCCGCGAUGGCUCGCGUGUCCGCGGGGCACGAGACGACGCUGGGCGCGUCGUACGAGGUGGUCGCGGGCGAGCCGGUGGCGCUGACGGGCGUCGCCGAGCCCGACUACAACGAAAACGCAAACGACGUCUGGCGGAUGCGCCGCGAGACUCUCGACAGGUUCGUGCAGGCGGGUCGCAGGGUGAUCAUCCGCAAUCGCGCCGAGCGAAGGCUGCGCGGGAUCCGUGCGCUCAUGGCGACGAUCGGAGAUAAGAGCCGUGCGUCCGCGCACGUCGCCAAGGAGCUGAUGUCGGGCGCGGGCUCCGGACCCGGCGAGGAUGCCGAGCUCCUCGAGAUUUGUAAAAUCUCCGAGGACCGCGUCGUCGACUUUAGGUUCCCCGUGCUCAUCGACAGCGCGUUUCGCGAGUGGCCCACGGUGGACGUCGCCAACGCGCGCAUCGGGGACUUCGAGGAGUUCGAGCCCGUGCCGUUGAUCGAACCCGCCGAGUGGAGGCUCAAGGGCCACGCCGGCGGAGUCGACGGCGCGGCUUCGUUCACGCCGCUCCACGGCGACGGGUUCCAGCCCCGACUCGUAGAGUUCGAGCCGCUCUACCAGGGCGCCGAGGAGGAGCAGGGUUGGGACGCGAUCGCCCCUCGGGGCGUGCUCCACCCGGACGACGUCAGCUCGCCGCCCCGCAUCCCGGGCGCGGCGUCGGCGGAAUUGACGGGUGAGACGCCGCUUCCCCCGGAGGUGAAGCCGACGAUGACCCGCGCGUGGAGGCCCGAGGACUCCGCCGUUUGCGACGGCGCGCAGACGGCGUGGGGGGAGGAUCUCCACGCGGCGGUUCGACCGGCCACCUACGGCUACCGGGACUCUCUCACGCUGGAGCCCGUCGGUUGCAACGCGCUCGCGGCGCUGUCGUCGGCGAGGGGGGGCGAACCUGGGGUUCAGGGGGUUGGGCCCCGGUUUCUUUCGGACGAGUGGGUUCCGCGGCGCGAGGCGUGGCGGCUGCCCGUUCAUCCACCCGCGCUCAUGUCCGGCCCGUUACCCGAGGACCUGAUGACGGACGAGGACGGCGAGGGUUUCGGCGGCACGGGCGAGCCGGUGCCACCGCCGGGGGAGAUGCCGACGACGGAGUCGAUUCGCGCCAGGUUCCACGUGCCGGGCGUCCCUCCCUCGGGGCGGGCGGCGACGGGGACGGACGCGGAGCCCGGCGCCGAGGAAGGGGGCGCCGGGGGGGUCGACGGCGGGGCGGACGGCGGGGGCGACGCAGCCGGUGGCGACGCGGCCGAGGCGGAAGCCCCCGAGGAGGCGAAGGAGGCGCCCACGGAACGCGAGCGGAGGACGCGGGACAUGGACGCCGAGCUCGUCGGGCGCAGGGAGGAGUUGCUGGCGAAGCUGAGAAAACGGACGGAGGAGUACAACGCCCUCAUCGUCGACCCUCGACUGCGUUGGGAGCUGGUGUGA